UUUCCACCACUUUGAAUGUAGAUUUUUAAAGUAACUCAUCCAGUUUGGAGGCGAAUUUAUGGACAUUCUGUCUGAUAGAUUUUUAUUUUUAUUUGAGUAGAAUAUACACCUCGGUUGAGCUCGAGAGAAAGAAGGUGAAGACCAGUAUCUGGCAUAGACUCAAAACUGAGGGUGGGUGGAGUCACAAAGCCAAGAUGGCUGACUUUGAGGAGCCGCUGUCAGAUGAAGAGAAGGUCCGCAUUGCUGCCAACUUUGUGACUCACGCCCCUCCUGGAGAGUUCAACGAGGUUUUCAACGAUGUGCGGCUUCUUCUUAACAAUGACAACCUUCUUAGAGAGGGGGCCUCACACUCCUUUGCUCAGUACAACAUGGACCAGUUCACUCCUGCCAAGUUAGAAGGAUAUGAAGAACCGGUCCUGAUCACAGAACACGGUGACUUGGGUCAGGGACGUUUCCUGGACCCUCGAAACCAUUUAUCAUUUCACUUUGACCACUUAAGAAAAGAGGUUAGUGAUGUGGAGCCUUAUGAAGGGGAAACAGCUCUAAGAAGUUGGAGAGAUGCAUGUGAUACUGCCCUUAGUGCCUAUGUCAAAGAGCACUAUUCCACUGGAGUCUGUACGGUAUAUGGAAAAACGGUUGAUGGUCAGCAAACAGUCAUAGCCUGCAUCGAGGGCCAUCAAUUUCAGCCAAAGAACUUCUGGAAUGGUCGGUGUAGGUCAGAGUGGAAGCUGACUAUUGGUCAGUCUACUGCUCAUGUUGUUGGAGUAUUGAAAAUUCAGGUGCACUAUUAUGAGGAUGGGAAUGUGCAGCUGGUCAGUCAUAAGGAGAUAGAAGAGUCAAUACCUGUGAGCAGCGAAAGCCAGACUGCAAAGGAAUUUGUUGACAUUAUUGAGAAUGCUGAAAAUGACUACCAGACUGCAAUCAAUGAGAACUACCAAACAAUGUCUGACACGACCUUUAAGGCCCUGCGUCGCCAGCUGCCUGUUACACGCACCAAGAUCGACUGGAAUAAAAUCCUGAGUUACAAAAUUGGCAAAGAGAUGCACAACGCCUAGAGUAGGAUCGUGCACUGACCUGGAUGCUGCACGCCUCUUUGGGCCAACAGACCAUUUAUGUAUGCUCAAGGACUAACCAAAGCAUAAGUGUAUCAAUGUGGGGCAGGGGAUUCUCAAAGUAAAGAUUUUCACAUUGGGGUGACGAGGGUGCAGGUAGAAGUUCAGAACUCAUUGUUUGCUUUGGGGUGUAAACUGUUGGGGACAGUGUGCAGAGCUGUGCUCAGGAAUGUUUAGAGAAAAGACAUUUAGGCGUGACUCACAGCUAUGAACAUGUUACAAUUUCCAACACUAAAGGGAAGAAUGAAGCAUCAGAACAGGGUUGCAGUGUGGUGUAAUAUCAGUUCAGAAUAAGGUUUCUUUUGUCUUAAUGUGUCCUGAAACGGGAGUACGGCUGCAAUUUGAAAGGAUUUUGACACAUAAUUGCAGUAAUUUGACAUAUUACCCAAAAUAAGCUUACCUUAAUUAACCAACAAUUUGUAUAAUCCCAUGCAAAUUAAAUAAAGAAAUUCAAAGUUAGCACAAUUCUUGACAUAGCUCUGCUUCUAAGUUUUUUCUGUGCUUUUCCAAAUCAAAUAGAAUGUUUACAUUUUGUCUGUUAUGGUCCACUGACGUAUGGAUUCUCCACCCAUGGAAGCUGUAAUGAAGGAAUAGCACAUAGCUGUCUCUACUGCUGAAUCCAUCAUGCAUUCUUUGUUCUUUCUUUGGGAAAACCUCUAUAUUGCUGUGCAGCAUUCCUUUGUAAAAGGGAAACAUGCUCAUAUAAACAAGAUUUUCUGUUUUGACUAAUUCUCUUUCCUAUGGUAAAGAAUUCCUCCUUCUUGUAUGCAUAUUUCUAUUUUAAUAUGCAGGAUUUUGUUGAAAGUCUUAAAGUAUCACACCUGUAACUGUAACAAACUGUAGUUACCAAUUCCAGAUGAAUGCAAAACAGUAAUAACCGUGUGGCAAAAUGAUGUACUGUAAUAGGAUUUCUGCAUUACAUGACCUCAGAGUCGGCCACCUCUCAUCACUUAACUUGCCAACUGAAUUAUGUGUUGUGUACAACCCACAGAUUAUACUUCUACUUUACACCACAAGACUGUACUGCCCUAUUUUGUUGAAACAAAUGGAAUAAACAUGUUGACUUUCUGUCAUUUAUUUGCUGAUGACUGUGUACUUGGAAUUCAAAGUUGAUUAAAAACUGACAAAUGGAAA